ACACGCUGUCCGAAAGCUCUCCCAUGCUACGAGAACACGCGAGCAUCGGCAGCCGUCCGCCCUGCCGGCAGACCUCGAUCGAACGCAUGCCCGGUAUGCCCGAGCAUUAUAGGCUGAGGACAUCAAGGCAGCGUCCCGUAGACCCAUAAAUUCGAGCUAUCUUUGAGGCUGACGUGGACACCAUGCCGAGACAGAGGCGUUGCUGCUGACUGAUCGGUCCAUACGGCGAUUGUGAAGGCCAAGCGGGCCUAUUUAAGUCGCCCGAAUCGCCCUUGGGACGACAUCCUGACUCUUUUGGACUCUUCGCGUUUUGAAAUCCCUACACAACGACACCUCGCCUUCCCAACUAUAAAUGCCGAGCAACUCCACCGUCUGGCUCGUCUCUGGCGCAAAUCGCGGAAUCGGUCUCGCUAUCGUCGCGGUUCUAGCUGCGAAACCAGACACGGUCGUGUUCGCCGGCGCUCGCGACCCGGACCGAGCCAAAGACCUGCACGCUCUGGCGGAGAGACACCCGGGAAAGCUGCACGUCGUCAAGCUGGUCUCCGGUGAUAGACAGGGGAACGAAGCGGCGGUGGCCGAGAUCAAGCGGGUUGCGGGCGGGCUGAAUGUCGUCGUGGCGAACGCCGGAAUCUGUUCCUCGGUCAACCGGGUGCUCGACGAGGCCCCCGAGGCGGUUCGGGAACACAUGGAGGUGAACCUCAUCGGCACGCUCGUGCUUUUCCAGGCGACGUACGCGCUCCUCGUCGCGAGCACCACGUCGCCCAAGUUCAUUCCCGUGUCCUCGAUCGGUGGCAGUCUGAUCGCGGCGCCGCCCGUCCCGAUGAAGCUCUUCGUGUACGGCGCGAGCAAGGCUGCUGAGAACUGGAUGACGCGCAAGAUCCACUUUGAAUACGAGAGCGACGGGCUCGUUGCGUUCGCGAUGCACCCCGGUCCUGUGCAGACCGAUAUGGCUGAUGCGUUGAGCGAGAAGGAAGAGCUGAUGGCGACCUUGGAUUACGUCCCUGCGGACGCUGUCGCGAACGGGAUAGUUGCCCAGAUUGAGGCCGCGACGCGCGAUAACGCCGGAGGGCAGUUCUUGCAGUAUGACGGAAGACGACUCCCGUGGUAA